CCGCUCCUGCGUGAUCAGCCGGACAGUAGGGCCCGGAAGGAAGGAGCCGGAGAGGGGCGGAGCCGAAAGAAGAGAGGAGAAGGGAAGAACGGAGCGGUCUCCGGGCUCCUGUGUUGGUGCCGGCUGGAGUUGUAGACGGAGCGGCCCGGAUCUUAGGCUUUUAGCCGCGGAACCUGUAAGAGUUGGAUAUGUCCUUUAUAUUUGAUUGGAUUUAUAGUGGUUUCAGUAGCGUGCUGCAGUUUUUAGGACUGUACAAGAAAACUGGCAAAUUAGUAUUUCUUGGAUUGGAUAAUGCUGGAAAAACAACCCUUUUGCACAUGCUUAAAGAUGACAGACUUGGACAGCAUGUCCCAACAUUACAUCCGACUUCAGAAGAGCUGACGAUUGCUGGUAUGACUUUCACAACUUUUGAUCUAGGUGGACAUGCCCAAGCACGCAGAGUUUGGAAAAACUACUUGCCUGCCAUCAAUGGUAUUGUCUUUCUGGUGGACUGUGCAGAUCUUGAAAGAUUGGCUGAAUCUAAGCAAGAACUUGAUCUGUCCCUAAGUAAUAGUCUAGUAGAAGAAAACUUGGUCUUCUUUUGGCCUGUUUCUUUGUUCGGCGUGGACUGUAUAGCAAACAAGAUUGACCGACCAGAAGCUAUCAGUGAAGAGAGGUUACGUGAGAUGUUUGGUUUGUACGGCCAGACAACAGGAAAGGGAAGUGUCCCUCUGAAGGAAUUGAACACCCGACCCUUAGAAGUCUUCAUGUGCAGUGUACUAAAGAGACAAGGUUAUGGUGAAGGAUUUCGUUGGAUGGCCCAGUACAUUGAUUAAUGCCAAAAUCACACUAGUGCAUAGUAUCUCAAACCUGUUCAUUAUUUGAUUGCUCCGUGUACAUAACUUGUACUCAAUAGACUUUGGUUACAAAAGCAUAUUUUUUUUAUUGUAUCAGUUGUGUUCAAUUUACAGUGUAAGGACUGAAAACAGAAUUUAAGCAAGUUUGUCAAUUUGGAUUUUGUAACGUUAGUCUCUAGAUCUAUCAAACAACUUUCUUUGGGGAUUUAUAGCUUGUCUGUUGUCUUCAGUUCUUUUCCCCCCUUUCUUUUGUGAGUGACUUUCCAGCACAGUAUGUUUUCAAAUGCACUUUUUAACAGCUCAGCCCUACAGACUUGUUGGUCAUAUUUAAUGCUCAUCAUGUUAAAUUUUUAUGUACUUUUUUCAAAACUGGUUUUAUAAAUGUAGAGUGUAUAACUGCCUCUCAAAGCUUAGUAAUGAAUCAGCUUCUGGAUAAUUGCAUGAUGCCUUACAGUUUUCAAUAAUAUACUUUCUUAUGCAACGUCAUGCAAUAAAACUAAAUCCUGUUUCUUGGCAUCUUUAA